UCUGGUGACGUCAGUGUUGUUGGAUUAAAGCAGCCCUGCCUCUUGCGGGGAUAUUAUUACACAGACGAGGUGUAUCUCCAAAACUAGCAGUGACCAGUGCAGCAAGUGCGUGUGUGUGUGUGGGACCGAGGCGGCAUAUUAAUAUUAUUACUGAGGGCUGUAUCACCGCAAGCUUUGAAUGGUCCACAACGCGGAGACUGUUCGACACCAGCCCAAAAUGUCAAGGCAUCACAGAACCCCUUCGAGAAAUGCAAACAGCAUUAUCGAGGUCAAAAGCAAAUUUGACGCGGAGUUCCGAAGGUUUGCCCUGAAGCGUUCCAGCGCGGGAGGCUUCCAGGAAUUCUACCGGCUGAUUCAGUCGGUCCAUCAGAUUCCCAGCGUGGACUUGCUGAUGGGAUAUACAGACAUCCAUGGGGAUUUACUACCAAUCAACAACGACGACAACUACCACAAGGCCCUGUCCUCUGCCAACCCGCUGCUCAGGAUCAUCAUCCAGAAGAGAGCGGAAGCCGACACUGGGGUUUUCGCCACCAACUCCCUGCAGCGCAGGAAGAAGGGGCUCCACGGGCUGCGGCCGGUGCACAAGUCCAAGCCGCACCUCCUGAUCGGACUCCCACAGGACUUCCGGCAGAUCUCCUCCAUCAUCGACGUGGACAUCCUGCCCGAGACCCACCGGCGCGUACGUCUGCACAAGCACGGCUCGGACAAGCCCCUGGGCUUCUACAUCCGCGAUGGCCUGAGCAUGCGGGUGACCCCCCAGGGUGUGGAGAAGGUGCCGGGGGUGUUCAUCUCGCGGCUGGUGCGCGGCGGGCUGGCGGAGAGCACGGGGCUGCUGGCAGUCAACGACGAGAUCUUGGAGGUGAACGGCAUCGACGUGGUGGGCAAGUCCCUGGACCAGGUGACUGACAUGAUGGUGGCCAACAGCCACAACCUGAUCGUGACGGUCAAGCCGGCCAACCAGCGGAACAACGUGGUCCGGAGCAGCAAGGCCUCGGGCAGCUCAGGCUUCUCCAACAACAGCACCCCCAGCCCGGCCUCGCACUACAUCAGCAACUACAGCACGGCCGAGGGGGAGAGCGACGACGAGGGGGACCUGAUCAUCGAGAGCGACGGCCUGCCCCCCUACCUGCCUGCCGGCUUCGUCAACGGGGACCACCCGGGGCUGCUGCGCAGCUUCCAGCAGAGCACCUCCCUGCACAGCUCGCUGUCUGACAGCAAGGCCUCGCUCAGCUCCACGAACACUCACAACGGCAGCCCCGGCAAGAUCAACACGAGCCAGGAGAGCAUGCGGGAGGACGGCAACGUCAUCACGCUAUAACGCUGGCGGACUCAGCCUUUCUUUCUUUUGUUCUUCGUUUUCUUCCUUCCAUCGUCACCUCCUCCGCAGCUCGGGAGUGGUGAUACUCUACAUGCUGCUGGGACACGCUCUUUCCCGGCUGACCUUUGGGAGGUGAGAGAAAGGAUGCUGCUUCCUGGAAUGUGGAAGCGGAGGGGCGGGGGCACUGCUGCAAGCUGUCCUUCGGAGGUCUGAUUCGGAAUAUCAAUCUGUAGCGUUAACGACUAACACUGGGAAGAAAACAGAAUUAAAGCACUGGAAGAGUGUGCUUCUUCGGAGGGUUGCUGUGGACCUACUCCCCUACAGGACAGGCUGUUAAUGAAGUAUGAAGGUUUCCACUUACCCCCUCCGGGUAUGUUAAUCCUAAUAAGAUAGGGGGCGCUCUGUCCUUCUCUUUAUGGAGGGUAUAACUAGAUUUCUCCUUUGAGAAGCCAUGCACAUUCUGUUUCUGUCUGGUUCUUCUAUCCCAGUUUAUUUGCUUGAUUACUGUGCAAGUGUGACUGCAGACAAGGGGACCUGGCUUACAACCAUUGGUUAGUCUGUAUCCUAUACAUUAGGUUUCCAGAUCCUGUAUUGCACGGGGGAUCUUCUGUUGCAGGGCUGGUACUGUGGAAAUGGGAUUAAAGCUAAUGCAUCUGACUCAUUGUGCGAUUAAACGAGUCCCUAAAUAAUAAUCAUAAAAAAGCUGAUGCGUUUAUUUUAUUUCCUAAUUACACCAAAAAAAAUGUAAAUAGUUCAAAUACAGAAUGCCUUCUCAGUGUAAAAAAAAAAAAAAAAUAAAUUAAAAAGUAAAAACAUGCAUGUACAGCACUGAAGUUUAUAGUAAAAUAAAUAAAUAAACAGGUGUUUUGGUUUUGACAGAUUUUCUUUUUAAAUUAAUUAUUGUUUUUUAGUAUGUAAAAAAUGUGUGUGUGUGUGUGUGUGUAUAAUAUAUAUUAUUUUUUAUUAUGAGAUCUAUAAAUGAAAACCAAAACAUUUAGAAAGACCUCCUCCUUGUGUUGUAAAGCACAGACAAAGCCACUUCACUUUUUAUUCACAAUAAUUUAGUUCAAUAUCUUUAUUGUUCUGUUACUAUUUAUCUAGUGUUUUAAUUGAUCAUAUCGGUGACAUCAACAGCCCUUGCUAAAAUAUACUGCAGUAAGCCCACAAUAAAUUGCAGUAAAGUGAAGUAUCUUAGACACCAGUAACUUUUUGAAAACCGUACAAUGAAGUAAAACUGCAAACGUGUAUCUGGCUUUUUGUAAUAGAAAUGAAAACAGAACUAAAUUACAACCUUCUGUAAACCCUGCAACCCCCAAAUAGUAUAAGAAUUUUUUUAAAUUACAAUUAAUAUUCCUUUUCGGCAUGGAGGUACAACCGCAAAGAGCCCUCCGCAUUGGUAAUUCACAGAAUUCCGCACCACAACGCUGCGUAAUCUCCGGUCAUUCAUUCACGUGGUGGGUAGUACUGCUCUUCCACUGCUGUCUUUUCCCAGACGGGCUGAGACUGCCUGGGACCCUGUGUGCUCAGAGACUCAGACUGCCUGGGACCCUGUAUGCUCGGAGGCUCAGACCGCCUGGGACCCUGUGUGCUCGGAGGCUCAGACUGCCUGGGACCCUGUGUGCUCGGAGGCUCAGACUGCCUGGGACCCUGUGUGCUCGGAGGCUCAGACUGCCUGGGACCCUGUGUGCUCGGAGGCUUAGACUGCCUGGGACCCUGUGUGCUCGGAGGCUCAGACUGCCUGGGACGCUGUGUGCUCAGAGGCUCAGACUGCCUGGGACGCUGUGUGCUCAGAGGCUGGCGUAGAGACCUGACCCUGUCUAUAUACAGCAGAUGCUGUUCAAGUCCUGCGCUGCAACUCAAAACUGGGGCUCCAUUAAUUAUACAGGAGCCAUAAUAUCAGUAUCAAGCAAAAAAAACACUUAAUAAUUUCAUCAGUUAAUUCCGAGUCACUAUGAAUUAUUCAGGACAGCUGUCUGCAGUGUUCAGGGCGUUAUCAGCACUUACUUGCUAUAGUUUUAAAUAGCACUGAAUAGUUUCCAUGGGCUAAUCCUUUCAGCAUCUUCUCUAGUAUGAUACACUGUAUGGGGUGGUCAGAUAAUCUCAUGGGAAUUCAUCAUGCUAGAAAGGAUCUUCAAGAGCCCCGUCUAUAUCAGGAUUUUAUACAGUAAAUGGUACUACAGUAUAAAACAUGUGCAACGAGAGUGUGUUCACUUCUACGCUUUUGUGCUUGUGUUCAAUAUGUUGUCCUAUAUACGGAUUUAAAGGCAGGAGUAAUGACCCUUAUUUUGUGGAAAUAGGAGUCCUUAUUUCUAUACAUACUGUACCUGCUGUGACCUCAAACAUGAUGUUUUUCAAAGGUACGCUGAGCAUACUGCAAAAUAUAAACCCGGUCCAGGACUGCACUGUCAGUUGUCACAUUGUGCUGCUCAAAGUCUAUGCCAGGUCCACUUGUCUGUCACAUGCACAUAUUGCCUCCCUUUCAGUGUAUCAGUGCAAGACACAAAUGAAGGAACUUAACUUGCACUAAUACAUAGAGGGGUAUACUCAAGAAGGACAGAAGCCUCUUUCCGAAUGCUCUGUAUUACUGGAGAUGCUGUUUGUCAGUGGAAGGAGGGUACUGUGUACGGCUACCUGCUGUUUUGUAUUAUUGAAGGUUUUUCUGGUGUUUUUUUUCUUUUUUUUUGUAACUAGAAACCCUGCUGGCGCUGAGUGUGUUGCACUGCUCGCCCCGCUUGAACAUCGGCAUGUUCAGACUCCCGUUAUGGGAGUUUGUCUUUCACAGUUAGCGCACUGUCCUCAGAUCAGUUUUGGGUUUUUGUAUGCGACACCAGCACAAACACGAUUUCAACACACACACAUGAACACAACUGAUCUGCUAUGAUGAGAAAACACACACACACAAAAUAGGCAACCAGUAUACUGUACAUGUAAACACACACACACGCACACGCACACACAGUCACGUGCACGAUAUCGGUCUCCCUCCAGCAGGUGUUGCUAUUGAGAAGUGGUUCCUGAGGAUGGGAAAGGAGAGAAAGAUCACGAGGAUACGCCCUGCAUACAAAACCUUUUAAAAGGAUCGAAUCUCCAAAGGUUUUGCUGCAAAGCACAAUUUCAUUUUUCUCACUAUUGCUGCUAUUUUUUUUUUCUUUUUUUGUUACAUUUAAAAGAAAUAAAAAAUAAAACAUUUUUCUAGUUUUUAUAAAAUGUAUUUUUGGGAAAGCUUUUUUUUUUUUUUUUAAAGCCAGCAGGGUUUCAAGUUACUUGUACUUUUUAUUUGUAUUAUGUUUUGUGUUUUUUAUUAUCAUGUGUUGUAAAUCCUCAUGGAUGCGCAACAGGUUGCAAAUAACAAAAAUGAUAAAUAAUACUCCAGCAGUCAUUCAUUAUUUAUAUAACGUAGUGUGUGAUUUGUCAAGCAGCGAACCUAGACCUACAACAAUUGUAAUAUCUGAUGGUGCAUCGUCCAGUGUUUAGGAGAAGACCUUCCCCUGUCUGUCUCGCAGUCAGAGAUGGAUGCAGUUCAGUAAAGUAAAGCACUCUUUCACAGCGGCAACAUCUGCCUUAUUAGAAACUAAAGCUGGUCAUUUCACAGUGCACUGCGAAUGAAAGACAAAGCUCAUGCUCUCUGCUGUAGACCGUAGAUGUGUCUGUGUGUAAUGCCAUGCUCAGGGCACCGUUCAGGAGGUUACUCUGUCAAACGGUUCACAUGUGCACAGAAGCCCCUGCACUUGCCAUGUGGUUUUAAGGGAGUAAAAGUGUAUUAAAGUUUCGGAGCUCUAUGACGAGGCAUUUUAAAGAACCAAAAUAAUGUGUAUUGAUAAACACGCACACACAAACUGAGUUUCUGCAGAUGUCAUGAAGGUAUUACUGCAGAGUGUACAGGGAAGUACCCUACUUCAGAUAAUAAAACAUCUGCUGGUCACAAUAGCAGGGUAUAGACAUGCAUACUGAAAUGACAUAUCUAACACUACAUCAUGUAUUAAACAAUACUGGGGGUUUUGUACUUUAGUUGCAUAUGUAUAAAAUAUUGAUAAAUAAUAAUAAAGAUGGGGCAUUUUUUAUUAACUUGGGAGAUUUUGUAUAAGAGAACAUUUUAUAUAUAGAUCUAUCAAAAAUAUGGACAAUAUUUUUCUUAUUCUUGUACUCUUUUUGUAUGUGAGAAUCCUGGAAAUAACCUUUGCGUCCUGUAUCCCCACCCCCAACUACCUGGAAAAAAAAAUUAAAUCAACCAAGUUUUGUAUUGAUAAUGUUUAAUUUAAUCAAAUGGUUCUGGGUGUACAAUACUGUGAAUGUUAUAUAGAUGUAUGCUGAUUACAAAAUUAUUAUUACCUAAAGACAAUACAAUAUAUAAAGAAAUACAGUAUACGAAC